UAAUUUUAUAAAUAUGCUGGGUACCAGUCUAACCAGCUUGCUUACAGCAUUAAUAUUGAAUAAUUAAUGUUAUAAAUAUAAAUUUCAAGAGUCUCAUUUAGCUAUGAUAUAUUUUGUUCUGUUUAAAAUAAUGAAAAAGUUUUGAUGAGAUUCAAUAUGGAUACAGUAAGGAAUAUGGAAUUCAUCAAUGUGUUAGGAAUGCCUACCAGUGUAUUAAAGUAUGGUGAAAUUUUACAGGACACAAAAUCAAUGUUUCUAGUCGUACCAGGAAAUCCAGGUGUUGUUGAAUUCUAUGAUGAUUUUAUGAGUCAUCUGUAUACAAGCUGUGGAGGUACAGUGCCUGUUUGGGGUGUGUCACAUGCUGGACAUGUACUCCCACCUGCUGGAAACCAGGACUUGUACAAAAAGUUGAGCUAUGAAGUCUGUACCCUAGAUGGUCAAAUAAGACACAAAGUGGCUUUCAUCAAAGAAAACAUUCCAAAGAAAACAAAACUGUUCCUGAUUGGACAUUCAAUUGGCUGUUACAUAAUUCUAAAAAUACUCGACCAAUUGGAGCAGCCGAUAGGUAGAUGUUUCAUGCUGUUUCCAACAAUAGAAAGAAUGGCUGUAUCUCCAAAUGGCAGGAUUUAUACUCCAGCAUUGAAGUAUUUACGGUGGAUGGCACCACUUCUAGUCUCAGGUGUUGGUCUCUUACCUCAGGGUAUAAAGACAUGGUUGCUACGCAGCCAUUUUAAAGAUGAAAAUGUGCCUGAAUGUGUUCAUUCAGCAACUGAAGGUUUGAUCAAUCCAUUCUGUGUAAGCAAUGCCUUGUUUAUGGCACACCAAGAAAUGUCGAAAGUGGCAGAGCUUGACAAAACCCUAGUUGAGAAUCAUUUGGACCGUCUUAGUUUUUAUUUUGGAAAAUCUGAUGAUUGGUGUCCUCCACAUUAUGGAGAGGAUUUCAAGAAAUUGUUCCCCACCUGUGAUAUACGAGUCUGUGAAAUGGGAUAUAGCCACGCAUAUGUGAUAGAUGCUAGCUUACACAUGGCUGAUAUUGUGGCCAAAUGGUGUCAGGACUUUAUGUGAUAUUUUGUACCUGGAAACAGAAAAAAGUCAGGGAAGUGCAAUAAUCAGUUUGAGAAUUAUGUACAAAAUUGUAAAACUUGUGUGUACAAAAGGGAGUAAUCAUGUAUACAUAUAUAUAUAUGAAAUUCUAUUCCUUUUAUAAAUGGAUUUGAUGAAUACAAUUCUUGUAAAGACAUGCUGACUGCUACAAUGAAACUGAUCAAAAUUGUUACCGGAUUAGUACAUUGUAUUAAAAUGAAUAAAGUCAAAUCAAUUGAAAUGCUCAAAAUAAAGUAAACAUUGAACGAAUUCAACUUAUUUAAAAUGAUUUUAUGAAAUCGAAAAUGAAAAGAAUGUAAGCACAUAUCAUAUCAACUUAGCAUGAACUCAGGGAAAUUUGAAGAAAAGUAGAUAUAUAACAUUCUUGUUUGAAUAAUGCUCAAGAUUUAAAUUAUUCCUUGAAACAGAUUUAAAUAUGUAUUGCUGUAUUUGCUGCUAUAUGAUUUGGAGACAAACUAGACCACACAUUAUCUGUGAUUUGUGAUCAAAUAGAAACAGAAAUAACAUUUGAAGCAAGAGUGAUUUGGAACUAGUGUCAACAUAAAAUCAAUGAAGUUGUGAUUGAAAACAAACCAGAAAGUACAUUCUAGGAGACCCUUGUCAGAUUUUAGAUCAUUGUAGUUAAUUCUCGGGACUAAAUCAGUGAUAUAUAUACCCGGUAAACACUCAUAAUUUUAUACAGUGUUCUUUGACAUUCACAUGUUCAUGAGCAUGAGUUGCGAUAGAAUAAUUGUGAUAAACAGUAGAUUCAAAUACAGUAUAAUAAAUAUUGUAUUUUGUUUCAAGAGGGCAACACUCCAUUGAUAACCAUAACAACAGAUCUGUGAGUUAUUUUAAAUCUAUUUUCUGCAUCCAGGGCUUAUGUUUUGGUAAAGUGAUUCCUUAACAAAAUUGAAGUAAUCAUUUCAAUUUAAAGAAAAAAAGUAGUCACAAUUUAUUCGUGGAAAAAAAACCUGAUAGGUAACAAUAGUAAUAAGUGAAAAAUUAAUUUACUAAAGGAAACACUUGUAAAACUUAUUGACUCAAAAAUAUAUUUAAAGUACUGUCUGGUAAGUUGAAAAAUCUGAAUAGAUAAACAUUCCUAGGGUGGUAAAUUAAUAAUGUCUAAUAAAUAUGUUUGAUAAUAUUCAUUAACAUUUUUUAUUAAGUGAAUUUUUUUUUUCUUUUUGCUUUUGAGUUACUUGUUCCAAACACGAUUCUCUUGCGAAUUAUUUGGUCUGGCUGGUUGAAUUGACAGUACGUUACCCUGAUCCGUAAAUGUGAUAGGGAAGUGUGAAAAUUGUAGGAGCCCUGUGUCUGGUAAAAUUGUUUCAAGGAAUAUGGGGUUAAGUUUGGUCUGGACAUAGUUUCUGAACUAUGUGUAAGUUUCUAAUUAGCUCGACUAUUCGAAGAAUAUGAGAGCUAUUGUAGUCGCCCCGGCGUCGGCGUCCGCGUCGGCGUCUGCGUUGGUUAAAGUUUUUUGUAAAGUCAAAUAUCUCAAUUAUUACUUGAGAUAUUCAAUUGAAACUUACAAUACUUAUUUAUAGUAACAAGGUACAUCAGAUUGACAAGUUGGAUAACUCUGCCUACAAUAUUGACAGAAUUAUGCCCCUUUUUAACUUAGAAAUUUUGGUUAAAGUUUUUUGUAAAGUCAAAUAUCUCAAUUAUUGCUAGAGAUAUUCAAUUGAAACUUACAAUACUUAUUUAUAGUGACAAGGUACAUCAGAUUGACAAGUUGGAUAACUCUGCCUACAAUAUUGACAGAAUUAUGCCCCUUUUUAACUUAGAAAUUUUGGUUAAAGUUUUUUGUAAAGUCAAAUAUCUCAAUUAUUGCUUGAGAUAUUCAAUUGAAACUUACAAUACUUAUUUAUAGUAACAAGGUACAUCAGAUUGACAAGUUGGAUAACUCUGCCUACAAUAUUGACAGAAUUAUGCCCCUUUGGAACUUAGAAAUUUUUGGUUAAAGUUUUUUUGUAAAGUCAAAUAUCUCAAUUAUUGCUUGAGAUAUUCAAUUGAAAACUUACAAUACUUAUUUAUAGUAACAAUGUACACCAGUUUGCGAAAUUGCAUAACUCUGCCUGCAAUAUUUGCAGAAUUAUUUGCCCCUUUUAAAACUUAGAAAUUUUGGUUAAAAGUUAAAGGUCUUCAAAGAUAUUUACUGGAAACUUUACACAUGCACUUAGGGUCAUAAUUGGAGGGUCAUAAUUGUAUGUCACUGACCAAGUUCCAUAACUCUAUCUUGCAUAAAGGCUGAUUCAUAUCCCCUUUUCCACUUAGUCUCUUGGUUAAUGUUUACAUGCAAGUUUUACAUAUCUCAAUAACUAUUAAAGAUAUUUAUUUAAAACUUCACAUAUGCAUUUAGGGUCAUAAUUGUAGGUCACUGACAAAGAUCCAUAAUUCUAUAAAAUGAAUUUAUAAAAAAAAAUUAGCCCUUUUGUGAACUUAAAAAUUUUAACAUUAUCAAGGCUCCUUUACUAUCAAGCACUAAGAAUAGUCGAGCGUGCUGUCCUACCGACAGCUCUUGUUUUUUCUUGCCGUCAGCGGUAAUAUCUCUCCGUGUUUGGUGCACUUCUCUGCCUCUGUUUCCUACCUAGAUUAGGUGAUAUUGACUUUUUGCUCCUCUCUUUUCUCCAACAAUGGCCCGUUGAAGAUCAAUUUUGCGUGAUCUUCAAAUUUCUGCCAUUUAUCUGGUAAUUCCUGCUAUUCCAAUUGAUUUGCGGAAGCGGUAUUCCUACCAUUGUUCUCGCAAAGUGUGUAAAAAACAUAACAUGACAUAUAUUUUAUUCAACAUAAAAUUGUAUACAUACAAUUUAUAGUAUACUUUAUAUGAUAAAUGUAAUAAUCCUUUUUCUUUUCUACUAUUUUUAUCAUUUUUAC